AUGGGUCUCCUAGCCCUGGGAACAGCCCUUGAUUGGCCCGAUGCCAAGAAGCGCGCUCCUCAAGUCAGAGAAUGGGGUAUCAAGCAACUUCUGGAGAUAUGGAACAAGGCCAAGGGAAAGGAGCGCGACGCUCUCCUCUGGGGCGACGAGGUCGAGUAUCUUGUGGUAGUUUACUCGGAGGACAACCAGCGAGUGCUGUUGUCCCUUCGUCAGGCAGAGAUUCUUGAGGCGUUGGCUACCGACAAGGAACUGGAACAGCAAGGUGGCUGUGUCCCAGAUCUUCAAGACGUGGACACAGCUGGCGCGAAGAAAAAAGAGAGAACGAUCCCCGUCUUUCACCCUGAGUUUGGGCGCUUUAUGUUGGAAGCGACCCCAGGUAAGCCUUGGGGCAUCGGCUUCAAGGAGCUUCUCGAUGUGGAACCAGAUAUGAAGUUGCGGAGAAAGAUCGCCAAAGAGCACAUGCUUUCAACUGAAUAUCCCAUCACACUCACAACAUACCCUCAAAUCGGCGUUCCCGGACAAUUCACCGACCCCUACUUUCCGCCCUCAGGACCGCGCCUCCGCUCUCAGUUUGUUCCGGAUGAGAUCGCCAACCCUCAUAUCAGAUUCCCAACUCUAGCCGCAAACAUACGAUCUCGACGAGGCCGCAAGGUUCAGGUCAAUGUUCCUAUCUAUCACGACAAGAACACACCAAGACCCUGGAAGGAUCCUACUGUGGACUUUGACAAGCAUGACUGGCCCGAAGAUGAUGACGUACGAAACGGAGCUGCCCCUGACGACUUCAUCCAUAUGGAUGCCAUGGCUUUCGGAAUGGGUAGUUGUUGUCUCCAGAUCACUUUCCAGGCCAAGAACAUCACUGAAGGAAGAAUGCUCUAUGAUCAGCUGAGCCCGCUUGGUCCCAUCAUGUUGGCAUUGACUGCUGCCACGCCUGUGUAUAAGGGGUUCCUUGCCAACACCGACGUGCGGUGGAAUCAGAUCAGCCGCUCUGUGGACUGCAGAACCCCUGAGGAGUUGGGAGAAAAGCCACUUUCAGAAGGUGUUCGAAGGAUACCAAAGUCACGAUACGCCUCCAACUCAACAUAUAUCGCCAUAGACCCUCGGUUGAGGAACGAGUACCUCGACCCUGACCUGGUCUACGACUCUGACAUCAAGCGCCAGCUUCUCGAGGGGGGCAUGGAUGAUCGACUGGCGACUCACUUUGCUCACCUUUUCAUCCGAGACCCCAUUGUUGUCUUUGAGGAGGAUCUCCAGGAGUUGGACCUCAGCAAGACUGACCACUUUGAGAACAUCCAGUCAACUAACUGGCAGCACAUGCGUUUCAAGCCCCCGCCUGCUGACAACAGCAUCGGCUGGCGAGUCGAGUUCCGCUCCAUGGAGAUUCAGAUCACGGAUUUCGAGAACGCGGCUUUCUCUGUCUUUAUGGUCUUGGUCACACGUGCAAUCCUGUCAUUUGACCUCAAUUUCUACAUCCCUAUCAAGAAGGUCGACGAAAACAUGGAGCGUGCACACGCAGUCGAUGCUGUUCUGAAGGAGAAGUUCUACUUCCGGCGCAACCCUUUCCCUAGCCGCCCCUCGAGAGCCAACACUACAUUUGGUGACGACAGUCGACCCGGAUCAGCGCAUCCCAGUCGACCAGCAUCACCUGGGGGCCCAGUGGAGCACGAAUUUGAGGAGAUGACAGUGAAUGACAUUAUCAACGGCUCGGAGUCGGGAGAGUUUCCCGGCUUGAUCCCCAUUGUCGAGAGCUAUCUCGACAGCGUCAACGUCGAUGUAUCGACCCGAUGCCAUCUGUCUACAUAUCUCGAUCUGAUUUCACGUCGAGCUUCAGGAAAUCUUGACACCACAGCCAGAUGGAUCCGCAACUUCAUCGACGUGCAUCCCAGUUACAAGCAUGACAGCGUUGUCAACGAUGAGAUCAACCAUGAUCUUAUCGGCGCCGUGAUUGCCAUCGGCGAGCGGGAGACGGCCGGCCGCGACUUUGCGGGUCUCGGGAUCCACGGCCUAGAGCGUCUGCUGAACGGCUUCCGUGGAGGAUGCGGCGGUUCAAGCACAGCACCCAAUGGAGAGACCAACGGAGCACAGGCGGAUGCCACCAACGGGUCACUGAAGCGCAAGAGCGAGUGGAUUGAAGGCCAGGAGACUGAGUCAUGA